AGGGUGCAAGAAAGGGGAAGGGGAGGUGAGGGAGGAACCUCAACGUUGAUGUCCUGAGCUGCGAGUGGCCACUUGCCCACCGGCCAGGGGCUUUGCACGACUUGCCAAGAUGACGGAGGGGCCCAAGAAAGCCAGCAGAAAGUUCAAGUUCUUCAAGUUCAAGGGCAUCGGGAGUCUCUCCAACCUCCCUCGGUCCUUCACUCUGAAACGGUCCUCAACCACCAUCAGUCUCGGGUCCCAUCUGGAGCCUGAUCCCUUUGAGGCUACACAGGAUGACAUGGUGACUGUCCCCAAAAGCCCCCUCGCCUACGCCCGCUCCAGCGACAUGUACAGUCACAUGGGCACCAUGCCUCGUCUCAGCACCAAGAAGGCUCGGGACCAACAGGCUACCCAGGAGACCAAGGAGGUGGGCCCAGAACCCCACUUGGUGCCCCAAGGUCUGCCCAACCCUCCAGGCGUGGAGGCAGCCAAGGAGGUGGUGGUGGGGACCAAUGUCCCCCUGGAGGACACGCCAGCAGUGGGACCCAACCCUUCUGCAAUGGGCCCCAUGGAAAAGCCUGAGGAUCCCAGGGCAGACAGAAAAGAAGAAAGAGCCCCCAGGAAUGUGCCUCCAGAAAGAUGGGAAUACUGAGGCCUCUCCUAGCCAGAGAACCAGGGCCCAGCCUGACAAAAUUAAUCCUCAUGCUAGUGAUCAACACUGGUUGAGUAUUUACUAUUCAUGUCUUCCUUUAAGCAAACGUAAGCUCCUACUAUACGCCGGGCACUGUGCUGGGGGCUUAAUGAUGAAUAAGACAAGGUCAAUGCCCUCUGAAGUUGUCAGGUAGUUAACAGUCAACAAAUAAAUGUAAAAUGAUCAUUUCAGGCAGAGACUGAGGAAAAUAAAGCAGGGCUGAGGACAGAGAGUGAAGGACCAGGGACUCUUCUAGGUAGGGUGGUCAGGGAAGGCUUCUCUGAGGAGCGGCAUUAAGCAGAGCCCUAAAUAAACUAGGGGGAAGAGCAAGCUGCAUGAAGAUCCGGAGGCAGGGCAUUCUAGGCAGAGAGAACAGCAAAAGGCCCUUGUAAGAGUGAGCUUGGCGAGGAGGCCAAUGUGUCUGGGCAGAAUGAGGGAUAGAAUGAGUGAGGGAGGCAUGUUGGGGUUUGGCGAGGUGGGUGGUCAGGUGCCACCAGGCUACCCAAGGCCUUGUAGGCUGGGGAACAUAUGUUCUGGUUGAUGCCUGUUUUUCUGGCAUAACGAUGGGACCUCUCUACUCUCACAAGGGAAGAAAGUUCUGGCUUGGGUGAUACAUUACAUGGCCAGCCAUUUGCAGGCCACAGAGAGGGGUUUAGAUCUUGUUCGGUGAGAGGAGGGUGGCCAGGGGCGUGUGGGGGGUGCUCUGUGCCCGUGACCUGCUUGUUUUCACCUGAGUGCCUCUGAGGGUGGAGUGGAGGCCGAGUGGGGUGUGAGAACAGACAGAGAGCCAGCGAGAAGGCUGCUUGCUGUGUGCUCCAUAGAGCACAAGGGGCUUCUGGAUGGAGCAAGGGCUGACCCUCGGAGAGAUGUGGUCAGGACCUAUUUUGAAAGUAGAGCUGCAGGAUUUCCUG